ACUUUUGUAACGUUAAUUAAAAUUCCGACCCAGCACUGCCAAGGUCGCGUGCGUGCACUGAAAAGUUACGACACCGCGUGAUUCGCUUCUGUGCGCAUAGAUACGUGAUCUAUUAAAAAAAUUGUUGUAUGUUUGUGCGGCAUUGAUACCUUCUACCACCACCGACCGUUGCAGGCCGCCGCGUACGUCAGUCGCCGACGGUCCAGCUCGGUGCGCCCGCGUUGCCGCCACCGCCUUCCCACGCCUGCUCACGCGCUGAUCUAUGUGACAGUGUCCCCAACCCCAUCGACACAAUGACCAAUUACAUCAGAAUCGCAUUAGUCUUGUGCGCGUGCGUCGCACUGACGGCGGCUCAGUACAACCUGGACUACGGCCUGGACUACAGCGACAACUUCGCUCCCACCAACUUCGGCGGACCCCUCCUGAACACGUUGUCGGCCGCCGGUGCCAGAGACCCUAGAGCUAACACCGGACCAGUAGUGUUCCCCCCCUCGCCGCCCGGUGAUCCAUCCCAGACCAGCGGCGUGGUGGUCGGCGCCUCUGGCUACGGCUUUGUGCCCCCGGGCUCGCAAGGUCCUGCAAAUCCGAGAUAUUUCUACCCAGGAUUUUUCCUAAGAAGAUAGGAAAAUCACCUAGCAAAAAUAAGACCAUAUAAUUCGAAUUUGUACAAAUGUUAUUUAAGAAAUGAAAUUAUACAUUUGUAAUAUAUUCAUAUAUAUACAUAGGUCAC